AUGAAGGUGGAAGAUCAGUCUAGUCCCAAGGACGAGGAUAUCCUCAGCCAAACACAAGAUCCGUUGGAAAGAAGGAGAUUACAGAACCGCCUUUCUCAAAGAAACCACCGUCGCAAGAUCAGAGAGCGCAUUGCAAAACUCCAAGAGCGCGUCAUCGCCAACGAACUCAGAGCUGCAGCUGCGCUUAACGGAUGGGAUCAGGCAUAUAACCCUUCCCUGUUCCAAAGAUCUCACUCAUCAUCCUCAGAGAAUAAUUUUAGGUUCAUCUCACGAGAUGUCUCCCCUUUGAUCCCAGACCAAUGUACUUCGUUCAUGCCAUCAUAUCCCCUGUUCUCGCAAUCAUGGCCAAACGACUUCAACACAUUCCCACAACAUGGGUAUCCUGGCGAUCUAUCCCAAUUUAACGGGGUCAGCGAAGCAAGUCCUAUAUCUCCUAUAACAAGUGUUUCAGCACAACCAAACAACGCCAUCUCAUCACCCAGCUCCGGUAUCGGUGGGGAUACAUAUCAGGAAAUGAUAGGUACCCCAGAGGCCUUGAUACCAGACUCCAUGUCUACAUCGCCGCCCAAUCAGCCGCUGUACUACGUUGCGACUGAAGCCGCAUUGCCUCAAAUAAUUCAGGUCAUCAACACCAUGUCUCCCGAGUACAAAGUGAUUGUUCUGGUUCCUCCAGAGUCUCCGGCGUCGGCUUCUAUGCCUUCUUUUCCUUCGCCAACCUCUUCUUAUAGUGCUGCUCAUAAUGGGUCGGAUCAUGGUCCUCCAGCACAACAGCCUAACUCACAAAAUCUGAGUUGUUUGUGUUAUCCUCAGAAUAUGCAUUCUGGACCUCCUGUGCACCCACCUUCAAGGCCAUGGAUUGGCGGGGGCUCAUACUCCCAAAUGUGUCCUUUGCACAAGGCAAAUUCAGUCGCCCCUAGGGGGGCUUUUCCUGUUAGGAUGCUGUGA